CUCCAGUCUCCAGCCAUGUCCUGCUACAGGCAGUGCCUGCCCUGCCAGCCCUGCGGCCCGACCCCGCUGGCCAACAGCUGCAAUGAGCCCUGUGUCAGGCAGUGGCAGAGCUCCACUGUGGCCAUUGAGCCUCCUGCUGUGCUGCUGACCCUGCCCGGCCCCAUCCUCAGCUCCUUCCCGCAGAACACCCUUGUGGGCUCCUCCAGCUCCGCUGCUGUUGGCAGCAUCCUCAGCUGUGAGGGAGUGCCCAUCAGCUCUGGCUGCUGUGACCUCUCUGGCAUUUCCAGCCGCUCCUAUGGCAGAAGGUACCUGCGCUGA